AAAGAAAAAUAUAGAAUAUCUUUUCAAUGAAAAUGGGAAAUGGCUCUCAUUAAAAGGAAGGUUGAAGAUUUGAAAGGUGUGCCCCUGCCCCUUCAAUUUCAGUUUCAAUUUCAAUUUCCACACGGAGAAAUUAUAUGGUCAGAGAAAGAGAGAGAGAUUCUUCGUUCUUGUGUURCGCAACGAAUUUGUUGCGUCUUCACAUAUCAAACCCGCCAGCGCCAAGUUGCUGUUCGAAUUGAAUUGUGAGGUGGAGAAAAAACAGAGGCGAAGCAAGCUGAGAGGAACUGAGUUAUUUUGUGCAGAUUUUGUCCUUUGGUCGAACAAGAAAGUGCAGCAGAGGCGAACCAGAAGGGUGAUCUCCUGGCUCUGAUUUGCGUAUUUGAAGAGCGGGACUCGCUCUUGACUGAACGGCCCACGGCGGAGAAACGAAACCCACCUAUGGCAUCGAUCAAUGACGCCGAUGUGGAGAAAUUGGAGGUCCCCGAAACUGCCCAUCAGAUUAGCAGUGAUUCAUGGUUUCAAGUGGGGUUUGUCCUCACCACCGGUAUCAACAGUGCUUAUGUACUGGGAUACUCGGGAACUAUAAUGGUUCCUCUUGGUUGGAUAUCUGGUGUCGUCGGAUUAAUUGCAGCCACGGCCAUUUCAUUAUAUGCAAACACUCUUAUUGCCAAGCUCCAUGAAUUGGGUGGGAAGAGACAUAUCAGAUACAGAGAUCUUGCAGGCUUUGUAUACGGUAGAAAAGCUUAUUCUCUUACAUGGGGAUUACAGUAUGUCAAUCUUUUCAUGAUUAAUGUGGGAUACAUUAUCUUAGCCGGCCAGGCGCUGCAGGCUGUUUAUGUCCUUUUCAAGGAUGACCAUGUGAUGAAGCUUCCCUAUUUAAUUGCCAUUGCUGGUUUUGCCUGUGCCUUGUUUGCAAUAUCAAUACCRCAUUUAUCAGCUCUAAGAUUUUGGCUAGGAUUCUCAACUAUCUUCAGCUUGGUAUACAUUGUUGUUGCAUUUGUUCUGUCAAUUCAAGAUGGGGUCAAAGCACCUGCCAGGAAUUAUAGUAUUCCAGGAACGGCGACUAGCAAAAUCUUUACGACGAUAAGAGCAUCUGCUAAUCUGGUUUUUGCCUUCAAUAUUGGAAUGCUUCCAGAGAUUCAGGCGACCGUGAGGCAGCCCGUCGUCAAGAACAUGCUAAAGGCUCUGUACUUCCAGUUCACCGCUGGAGUUUUGCCCAUGUAUGCUGUUACUUUCGCCGGAUACUGGGCAUACAGAUCUUCCACCUCAACUUAUUUACUCAACAGCGUAUCCGGACCAGUUUGGGUGAAGGCAAUGGCAAACAUAUCCACAUUCCUUCAAACAGUCAUCGCCCUGCACAUAUUUGCAAGCCCGAUGUACGAGUAUUUGGACACGAGGUUCGGGAUCAAAGGAAGGGCGCUGAACAUAAAAAACCUGUCUUUCAGAAUAGGUGUGAGAGGAGGGUACCUGGCCAUAACCACACUGGUCUCAGCUAUGCUGCCUUUCCUUGGGGACUUCAUGAGCCUUACAGGAGCAGUCAGCACAUUCCCUCUAACAUUUAUCCUAGCAAACCAUAUGUACCUUGUGGCAAAGAGGAGCAAACUCAGUUCUUCCCAGCAGCUAUGGCAUUGGGCUAAUGUUUGUUUCUUUGGCUGAAUGUCUUUGGCAGCAGCAGUUUCAGCUUUAAGGCUCAUAGCAGUAGACUCCAAAACCUACAAUUUAUUUGCUGAUCUUUGAUCAAGUUCCAUUUUUUUCUUUUUCAGCUUCUGAAAUCUCUCAGUUUUCUUCAUGGAUAUGCUGCUCUCUCUUCUUAGUCUUGUGAGCUUUUUUGCCAGGUAAUAAUAGUAUAGUAUGGCCUAGCUUACAUUA